GUCAUCUUACUUCCCAUCAUAAAAGGAUCCACACAGGAGAGAAACCACAUAAGUGCCUGGAGUGUGGAAAGAGCUUCUCUCAAAAGACAUCCCUUAUGUAUCAUAAAAGGAUCCACACAGGAGAGAAACCACAUAAGUGCCUGGAGUGUGGAAAGAGCUUCUCUCAAAAGACAUCCCUUAUGUAUCAUAAAAGGAUCCACACAGGAGAGAAACCACAUAAGUGCCUGGAGUGUGGAAAGAGCUUCUCUCAAAAGACAUCCCUUAUGUAUCAUAAAAGGAUCCACACAGGAGAGAAACCACAUAAGUGCCUGGAGUGUGGAAAGAGCUUUAUUACUACAAGUGAACUUACUUCACAUAAAAGGAUCCACACAGGGGAAAAACCAUAUAAAUGCAUCGAGUGUGGAAAAACUUUUACUCGAAGCGGUAAACUUACUUCCCAUAAAAGAAUCCACACAGGGGAGAAGCUGUAUAAGUGCACUGAAUGUGAAAAGAGCUUUCAUAGGAGGAAUGAACUUACUUCCCAUAAAAGGAUCCACACGGGGGAGAAACCUUAUAAAUGUGUGGAAUGUGGAAAAAGCUUCACCAGAAACAGUUCUCUUAAUACUCAUAAAAGGACCCACACAGGGGAAAAACCAUAUAAGUGCAUGGAGUGUGGAAAGAGCUUUACUCAGAAGGGUCAUCUGAAUUCCCAUAAUAGUAUCCACACAGGGGAGAAACCAUAUAAAUGCAUGGAGUGUGGAAAGACUUUUACUCAAAACAGUGAACUUACUUCCCAUAAAAGAAUCCACACAGGGGAGAAGCCAUAUAAAUGCAUGGAGUGUGGAAAGACUUUUACUCAAAACAGUGAACUUACUUCCCAUAAAAGAAUCCACACAGGGGAGAAGCCAUAUAAAUGCAUGGAGUGUGGAAAGACUUUUACUCAAAACAGUGAACUUACUUCCCAUAAAAGAAUCCACACAGGGGAGAAGCCAUAUAAAUGCAUGGAGUGUGGAAAGAGCUUUCGUACUAGUACGGGUCUUAAUUCUCAUAACGUGAACCACACAGGAGAGAAACCAUAUAAAUGUAUGGAGUGUGGAAAGAACUUUACUAAAAGCAGUUAUCUUACUUCCCAUAACAGGAUCCACACAGGGGAGAAGCAAUAUAAAUGCAUGGAAUGUGGAAAGAGCUUUACUCGGGCGGAUCAUCUGAAUUCACAUAACAGGAUCCACACAGGGGAGAAGCGACAUAAAUGUAUGGAGUGUGGAAAGAACUUUACUAAGAGCAGUCAACUUACCUCCCAUAAAUGGAUCCACACAGGGGAGAAGCCAUAUAAAUGCCUGGAGUGUGGAAAGAGCUUUACUAGUAGCCGUGAUCUCACUUCGCAUAAAAGGUUCCACACAGGGGAGGAACCAUAUAAAUGCACUGACUGUGGAAAGAGCUUUACUCGGAAGGAUUCUCUGAAUUCACAUAACAGGAUCCACACAGGGGAGAAGCCAUAUAAAUGCAUGAAGUGUGGAAAGAACUUUACUACUAGCAGUUAUCUUACUUCCCAUAACAAGAUUACAAGUGAACUUACUUCACAUAAAAGGAUCCACACAGGGGAGAAGCCAUAUAAAUGCAUGAAGUGUGGAAAGAACUUUACUACUAGCAGUUAUCUUACUUCCCAUAACAAGAUCCACACAGGGGAGAAGCGACAUAAAUGCAUGGAGUGUGGAAAGAGCUUUACUACUAGCAGUGAUCUUAAUUCUCAUAACAGGAUUCAUACAGGGGAGAAACCAUAUAAAUGCAUGGAGUGUGGAAAGAACUUUACUACUAGCAAUUAUCUUACCUCCCAUAACAGGAUCCACACAGGGGAGAAACCAUAUAAAUGUGUGGAGCGUGGAAAUUGUUUUUCUACUAGCAGGGAUCCUGGUAUUGGACGCUUCUGAGGUUCUGGGGCUGAACGUCUGAAUGGGUGGUUUCUUCCUCCAGGAUCUUCUGCCCAGUUCUUCCCCAGAUCUCCCAACAACUCCCAGGCUGAACAGCAGAAAGGCCUUCUCCAAUUACUUCACUUGCUAAGGGUUGUGUCUCCAUUCUUUUUCUGUGCUGUAACGCAACUCCAAAGGGGUCUGAGGAAUCUUGUGGCUCUCCAAAUGCCUUUUCAUUCAUUGGGCUGUUCCUAUAGCUGAGGAAUGACCGCAAAUGUCUCCAGGAGGGAGAAGGAAAAUGGCUCAGGCGGGUGAAUACAGGGCAGUCCACCCCAGGGGGUCCUUGGGGCUCUCUGAGCUUGGUUGUUUUCUUGGAAACGUUUCUUGCUAGCACUGAAGAUGUAACCCAGCCAGGUAACGCAAUGUUUGCAAGAAGACCACCAAGCUCAGAGAGCCCCAAGGACUCCACAGCUCGAACCUGAGCCACACAUAUUCUCUUCUAUUGGUCAGUCCACCCCUGCGAGCUCUCUCUUACGAUCAGCGCGCCCAGCCCUCCGCAGGAUGCCCCAGUUUCACUUAAGGGGCUUUACCUGCCUGUUGUAUCUACGGUAGACACAUGGCCUAUCAACAAUAAAAGCCUAUUUAGAGUUGUGGUUGAUUAUUAGAGAGUGCUGAGUUCGCAUUCACCCUCUCACAAAGUCAAAAUAGUCAACAAUUUUAGAGUCAUUCAGUAGCUUUGUGUCGACAGGGAAUGUCCCUUGCCAGUCAUGAGGCACAGACGUGGAGACCCAAUAUUUAUACUGCUGUUCAGCGAUUGCAGUCUGGCACUUGAAAUGUCAGUGAAUGCAGCGGGCAGGGUAAGAGGUAGGCGUUUUCAGCCAGCACAGGAACCUUUGCUUUAAGCAGAGUCAUGCCCCAAGUCAGGAGCUUGGAAGACUCCUCCUGAGGUGACCGCAAUCCUCCUCGUGAGUUCCUACUGAAGUCCACUGAAGAAAAGGACAAUCCUUCGCCACUCUUGUAGGCAAUAUUAUAUUCAAAGAUGCGAAGCAUUUUUUACUGGCAGGGCAGAAUACUAACCCUAACCCUAACAAUUACAACUGCUAAGCCAAUAAAAAGAAUUAUUCCAAUCUUCAA